GAGCAGUAAGCUUGAGGUUCUUUCCUCUCAUUGUACAACACCCUUCCCUCCUCCUGGCCACCCAGAACCCUAUAAAUAAUUCGUCUUCUCCUGUCUUUCUCACUUCCCAGUUUUUAAGGCAGCAGGAAGCCAGCUGAGGACGCUAGAAGAGGACUCAGAGAAGGGGAGAAAGUAAAGGAGAAAAGGGCAAAGAAGAAGAAGACAGAGAAGAAGAAGACAGAGAAGGAAGAACAUCAUGGCUAGUGAAUUAAAGAAGAAAGCAUUCUGGAGAGCUGUCGUGGCCGAAUUUUUGGCCAUGAGUCUCUUCAUCUUCAUCAGCAUCGGCUCAGCCUUGGGUUUCCAAUUCCCCUUGGUGGCCAACAAGACCAUCACACCCAUUCAAGACAACGUGAAGGUCUCCUUGGCUUUUGGCAUCUCCAUCGCCACCAUGGCCCAAAGCGUGGGUCACAUUAGCGGAGCCCACUUGAACCCAGCCGUGACCUUGGGUCUUCUGCUCAGCUGCCAAAUCAGCAUUCUCCGGGCGGUCAUGUACAUCGUGGCGCAGUGCUUGGGUGCCGUGGUGGGCACUGCCAUUCUUUCUGGCAUCACAUCCAAUCUGGAAGGCAACUUGUUAGGACUCAACCAGUUGGCACCGGGAGUCAACCCUGGACAAGGCCUGGGCAUCGAAAUCAUUGCUACGUUGCAGCUGGUGCUUUGUGUGCUCGCCACAACGGACAAGAGGCGAACGGACCUCUCCGGAUCAGCACCACUGGCCAUCGGUCUUUCUGUAGCUUUGGGUCAUCUCCUGGCAAUUGAUUACACCGGUUGUGGCAUCAACCCCGCACGCUCUUUCGGAUCUGCUUUGGUGACCACUAACUUCGCCGAUCACUGGGUCUUUUGGGUUGGCCCCCUUUUGGGGGGUGCCACCGCGGCUCUCAUCUACGAGUUCAUCCUGGCACCACGAAGCAGCGAGAUCACAGACCGCAUGAAGGUUUGGACUACCGGCAACGUGGAAGAAUACGAUCUGGACGCCGACGACUCGCGAGUAGAGAUGAAACCGAAAUAAAAGGAAGAGGGAGCUCGGAGAAGCCAAGGAGGCACUCAUUUCUGAAAGUGUACUCUUUUUUUUUUUUACACCUGCAUCUGUUUGAUCAGUAUUAUAGACUCUUUCUAAAACGACCUGCCAUUUUUCCAAAUGUCUUUGUUUUUGUUUUGUAAGCCAGAAUGAGUUUCCUUCUGUGUUUUUUUAUUUUUUUUCCCCCUCUCCAAAUUUCUAAACUGGGUGGGGGGAGGGGAGAGAGUAUUUUGGGAGAAUGGAAGGGAGAUGUUUCUGGAGCCUUGUAUUUUUGUUCUGGAGCCAAAGGGAUAGGUGCCUUGAGAAAAAAAAAAAGAUUAUUUUUGUAUUAUUUCAGCCUAGAAUGAUAGGAAGAGCCUACCUGCAGCAGGGAAUAAAAAUGUUAUCCAGAGAGAGAGAGAGAGAGAGAGAAAGUAAAGGAAGGGCAAUGCCUUGAUCUUAGAGACUAAGACCCAGUUUUUAAAAGUAGAGAAAGUCAAUGGAAGAAAAUAAAAUUGGUAGAGUUUUCUAGAGAAUCUGGGCUAUUUGGAGAUAUUAGGAAAAUAAAUAUUUCCCCCCAUCGGUAAAGAAUAGAGUAUACACACACACACACACACGUCUUUGUAUAGAUGUAUUUUGAUUUUAUGCCCUCAAAUGAGUGUUGACUCAUAAUGGCGACAUAGAGUACGACAUAGUACUGUAUGAAUAGAGUACUAUGACAUAGAGCGACAUAGAGUACAUAAUAGCGACACAGAGUACUUCUCAGCUUUGGCAACUGUUAGCUGGGUGGACUUCAACUCCCAGAAUUCUCCAGCCAUCAUGUGUGAACUUCGACUCCCAGAAUUCCCCAGCUAAGAGUUGAAGUCCAUAUCUGUUAAGGCACGCGGCUAGGGAAUUCUGGGAGUUGAAGUCCACCCAACUUAAAGUCCAUCCAUCUUAAAGUUUGACAAAGACUGACAUACAAUAGGUAAGCCUUCUCCAGGAUGACGGUGUAGUUACCAGUCCUGGAAUCAUUAAAUGUUAAAUGAGACCCCCUAGGACUAUGAUGGCGAACCUAUGGCAUGCGUGCCACAGGUGGCACGCAGAGCCAUGUUGCCUGGCACUCCAGCUCAGCUCCGUCUGUUGAUUUUCGGUCCCUUUGGGACCACCAGAAGAGGGCCUGGGGGGGGGGAGGCCUGUUUUUCCUUCUCCCUGGCUCCAGAUCCUCUCUAUGCAUCUGGGGAGGGCGAAAACAGCCUUCCCCACCCCCUCGGAGGCCCAAAACAGCCCGUUUCCCAACUUCCUGCCUCCGAGGGGGUGGGGAAGGCUGUUUUCGCCCUCCCCAGAUGCAUAGGGAGGAUCUGGAGCCAGGUGAGAAAGAAAAAAACGGGCCUACCGGGCCAUCGCGUGCCACGAGUGGGGGGGGAAGGGGGCCACACUCACAUGUGCGUGGUGGGGCACAUAGAAUUAUGGGUGUGGGCCCACGCAUGCGCAAUCCUCCCCCGCCUCCCCCCUUCCUGGUACGGGAUGGCAAAAAGGUUAGCCAUCACUGCCCUAGGAUCAUCUAGUCCAACCUAUUGCCCAAUGCAGGAAAGCGCUACUAUAGCCUUCCAGACAGAUGCCUUUUCCUGCUGAAGCACCUCCAGGUUUCCAAUCACCACCCAAGGCAUCCUGUUCGAUUGUUGAAGAUCUCUUAUCUUUAGAAGGUUUCUUGCCAUGGAGGGGGAGACCUCAACUGACCUCAUCUGGACCAACAAACAAAUCAGAUUCCUUAAGGCAACGAAGAAUAGUGUCCUGUCUUCUUCCUUUCAGAAGCAGCCUCACUUGUACCAGCUUCUGGAAACAGGAGCCCUAGAAUAUCAAAUACCUUCACACAAGAACAGAAUACAGAACAGGAAGGGACCUUGGAGGCCUUCUAGUCCAACCCCCUGCUCAAGCAGGAAACCUUGUACCAUUUCAGACAAAUGGUUGUCCAACAUCUUCUUAAAAACUUCCAAUGUUGGAGCAUUCACAGCUCCUGGAGGCAAGUCCUUCCACUGAUUAAUUGUUCUAACUGUCAUGAAAUUUCUCCUUAGUUCUACAUUGGUUUUUCUCCUUGAUUAGUUUCCACCUGUUGAUUCUUGUCCUGCCUUCAGGUGCUUUGGAGAACAGGUUGGCCCCCUUUUCUCGGGGCAGACCCUCAAAUAUCCUUCUUUUUAUUAGACUAAUCGUAUCCAGUUCCUGCAACCGUUCCUUGUAUGUUUUUAGCACCCUUUGACUUGGCUCACUCAUGACCACUUAUAGAUGAUAUAUUCGCACAAGACACUAAACAGAGCCACUUGGAACCGUAGUGCCUAAUAACCAGUUCUUGCUUAGCAUGUACAUAUGUGUGGGCCCCUUAGCAUGUUGUCCAAACCGUGGAAGAAAAAAUUACUUUGAUAACGAAGCUAUACGUAUUAAGACACCACUGCCAUAUCUUACUGUAAGAAUCUCUCUUACAUCCAUAUGUUUAUCUCCUAACUUUAUUUUCUACGGAGACCAACUAAAACUGUGACCAUUUCACAGUUGCCUUGCAAGUUCCAAAAAAUCCAAGUAAAAAUAUCUGGAAUAUCUUGAAUGUAUUGCUGGCUUUCCCCCCCCGCCCUCCAUAGAAAACGGUGGCUGAUUUAACCUUCAAAACAUAUCGCUUGAUUAGAACUCGGCACAAGUUGGGCGUAUCGAUCUGGGUCAAACUGAAUUAAAAUUCGGGUUUGAUCCUCCCACAAGUAGGCAGCCAGCUUAACGGAAUGUAAGGGGAAUUCUGAAUCGUUGCAAAUUUUUACGUACAAGUAGUCCGCGACUUACAAGCAGUUCAUUUAGUGACCGUUUGAAGUUACAACAGCACUGAAAAAAAGUGAUUUAUGACUGUUUUUCACACUUAAGGCCGUUGCAGCAUCCCCACAGUCACAUGAUCAGAAUUCCGACGCUUUGGCAACUGACUCAUAUUUAUGACGGUUGCAAGUGUCCCGGGGUCACGUGAUUCUCUUUUUGUGAUCCUUCUGACAAGUAAAUUCAGUGGGGAAGCCAAAUUCAUUUAACAACCCUAUUAGCUUACCAACCACAGGGAUUCACUUAAAAAUGAUGGCAAGAAAAGUCGUAAAAAUGAGGGGAAAUUCACUUAACAGCUGCCUCACUUAUCAACUGAAAUUUUGGGCUCAGUUGUGGUCGUAAGACAAGGACUACUUGUACCAUGUCAGAUUGAACUAUGUUAGGACAAGCCAAACUUAAUGUAAAUCUUCUCAGAUAUGUUCCUAAUUGUGAUCUACCAUUAUUUCUGUUGCAUAUAAAAAAAAGUGCCAAAACAA